AUGACUUUCAGUGCAGAUGGUACAAGCCAUCGUAGCAUCAACUACAAUUCCCGCCAUGUUCAUCUUAUUGCUGAGGAUUACACUUCACCAGAGGGCAGUUCAAAGCAACAAGUAACCCGAACUUUUGGAAUUCAAUCAUCAAAAGAUGGAUCUAGUGAAGAAGCUAUUGCAGACUGGGAGAAUACUCUCAAGAAAAUUAUUGACCUCUACAAUAACAGUCCUCUUGGAAAGCGCUCAGGUGGACUUCUCAAAUUUAUUGAACUUUUGAUCAACCUUGCAGGAAUGAGCACUGAUCACUGUGCAAAGGAAAAAAAAGAUGCCCGAUUGCUUGAAACUCUGAAAGCUUGGGCUGUUGAUCAACAUCUUGGAGAAGAAAAAAUGUUAGAAAUGACAUUAGAGGAGGUUUGUGACUAUUUCAAGAAAGCAGAAGAGGAAAUGAUUAGAAAAGCUGGUGGGGUAAAUAAGUGGAACAAACUGUCUGACAUCAAGAAGGCUGAGAGGAAGGCCAAAAUGAUUGAAGAGGCAGUUGCUGAGUUGGGAAAAGAAGAGUUUGAUAAUCUCUCUGAUGAGGAAAAACAUAUUUUCCGGCUCUUUAUCUGGGCUGGCUGUGGUUGCCACAAGGAUCUGAACACUAUUCGGGGAGGGUAUCUUGCAGUGGCAGCUUGGUGGAUUGAGAAUGGGCUUGAGGAAGAACACCCUGUCCUUCUUGCCAAUCGUGAUAAUGAUCCUGUGGUUCAAGAGCGAGCCACUGCUCUUGAGAAAGGUGACACCCUAACACCAGCUCAAGAAAGAGCUUUUCACAAAUCAACACGUGGUGCAAUUAAAACUGCAGAAAUUGCAGGUGCAAUCUUCAACAAUAAAGACGAUAAAAGGGGCCACCAUGAUAUCUUUCGUUAUUGGUGGUGGGAACAUGUGGGAGUUCCAUUUACAUUUCCUGAUACAUCCAACAAUAGAUUCCAGUCAUAUUGUAAUGCUGCUGCAGCCCUUAUUCUCUAUGGAGAUAAAUUCAAGGAUUUUCUUGAGAGUCUACGCAUCAACAAGCAAAAUCCAACACUCAAUCACAUGGAGUUAAAUCUCUGGAAGGCUCUCCACUGCACUUCAACAGUGACUGAGCUUGCUGUUCUUGCAAUUUAUGCUGAGGCUGUUUCAUACCCAUAUAUGAAAGCAAUCUGUACUUCUGAUGCCCAAAAAAAGAACAUGCUUGACCUUGGUCCUUUUCAUUCUCGUGUCUAUGAUCAUAUGCAGAAAAUCAUUGCAAAUCCUGACAUUCUCAUUGGAAAAGACCUAGACAUUUCUGAAUCAUACAAAACAGCGACUCUAGAUGGUGAAAAGUGGCAGAAUCCUGCAGUUGUAAAGAAGAUAUUUGACCUCAUCCCUACACUCCCUCACUUCCACAAUCUUUUGAUUGCAUUUUUCAAAGGAGCAGCACAAACAUGGGAACGUUUCACAUCAGAAUUUGCACCUGGUGGCCUAAUUGAUGAAGCAACUGCAGAGGAAAGGGAGCUUGCACAUAUGCCUGCAACAAAUGAUGAAAAUGAAGGUCUGCUAGGGUCUUUCCGACGCCUCAUGCACUAUCAGCCUCAGCUUACACUUCUCAGUUGCAAUGCCUUGAUAAUGUUUUUCCGCAAUAACACACAAGCAUUUAUGGAAACAAAGUUUACUGAGGAAGACUAUCAGUAUAUACAUAAACUUGGACGAGAGGCAAAUGGGGAGGAGAAGAAAAGGCGCAAUGAACUUACUGAUUUCCGUGACCAACGACAAGCAAAGAAAACUGCACGCAAGGAGGUUUGGGAGCAAAAUGCAAAGGCAACUGCAGAACAGAUUGCACAGUUGGAACUUGUUUUUGACAAGGAAAAGGUCCCAGGACUCAAGGGCACGUCCCUCAAGGACCAAUUGAGACUCUUCAAGAGUGCAGGUGCUCCAAAUCUCAAGCAAGGGCCAAUGCCAACCAAAGUUGCUGAUAUCCGCAAAGCACUUGUAGAUGCUAUUGAUCUGCAUACAAAUGGUGCUUGGAAGCUCAUCCAAGAUGAGGGGAGUGAGGGUGAGAAUAUUAAUCUGUCAGAGGAAGAGGAGGAUGAGGAGGAUGAGGAGGAUGAGGAGGAUGAGGAGGAUGAGGAGGAGGGUUGGGAGGAUAUAGAGGGCUAUGAGAGUGAAUGA